CAUAACUAGUAAAGGCUUUUAUUAUUGCAAUGACGGGAGAAGUUGGUACGGUUGAAGUUUGAAGUUGGUGGUUUGGUGUUUUCUCCUUUUUAUCUUGAAUUAUUGGGGAGGAGGUCCAAGGAAAACACAUUCAUUUGCCAGAAAGUUUGGUACAGAACAAUGUCAAACCAGAGUAUUUCAGCAGAUAUCAGUGACAUACUUCAGCUGCAUGGAAUAUCCAAGUUAGCAAUCCUAGAGAAUUUUCUGCAACGGCAAGAGACUAGUCUCUUCUCUGGAGUUUGUACCGGAAAGACAAUUGCUAUUGUCCUCCAUAUUAGCUUCCUUUGUAGCUUCUUCGUCAAGUUUGUCUGGGGAAGAUUUGCCCAAUGUUUCGUCAAGGGUUCAGAGCAGGGACUAUCUCCCACUGGACCAAACGAGGACAUGCCUACCAAUACUUCAUAUUCAAGUAUAAAUUUUGGUUUCAUCUACAAGGCAACUCUCGGUUGCUGCACUUGUCUAUUGGCAUGUUAUUCUCUAAGCACUUUAUGGAUUCUACUUUAUGGCAAUCAAACACAAUGUGCUUGGCAUGCUACUGUUAUUGUGGCAGAUGUUGUGCACAUAUUGGUAUGGUCAAUCAUGUUUAUAAGGAUAUUCACUUUCAGAAAGACAAUUUGUAGAAGAAUCCCAAAUCUUUUGAGGGCGUGGUUGAUAUGCUUUUGCAUUGAAUCAAUUUUCACACUUCUAAUUGAUAUUGAUAGAGCCAUUAGGAAUUGGACGGUAUAUAAUGACAUGUACAUGGAUUGUUUCACUUCACUCUUAAGCAUAUUUCUUUUAUGUAUUGCCAUCCGAGGGAACACAGGAAUAUAUACCUGCACAAAGGAGCUUGAAGAACCACUCUUGGGUUCCAAUGAGUUUAAAUAUGCUGCUGCCAAAAAAGAAUCAGCAUAUGCCAAAGCCAAUUUACUUGAGCUUCUCACAUUUUCUUGGCUCAAUCCCCUGCUUUCUAUUGGCAUUAAGAAACCUCUAGAAUUUGAUGACCUAUCCAAUAUUGCAAAAAAUGACUCCGCUGAUCAUGUUUACAGUCGUUUUAGUAGAAAAAUAGAUAUGGUGAAGCAAAAGGACCCUUCGAAAACACCAUCCAUGACAAAAGUUGUUUUCUUGUUUAUCUGGAAAAAGGUAGCUCUAAAUGCAAUGUUUGCAGUGGUAUAUGCAUGUGCAUCUUAUGUUGGCCCUUACUUGAUUAAUGAUUUUGUAAGUUAUUUAACUAAGAAUCCACGCUCUACACAUGAAGGGUACAUCUUAGCCUGUACAUUCUUUUUGGCCAAGAUCAUAGAGACUACAGCACAAAGACGAUGGAUAUUUGGAUCAAGGCAGCUUGGGAUGCGCUUGCGAGCAGCCCUCACAGCACACAUUUAUAGGAAAGGUCUUAAUCUAUCAGUUCAAGCCCGACAAAGUCACACAAGUGGUGAAUUAAUCAACUAUAUGAGUGUAGAUAUCCCACGUAUUGGAGACUUUACAUGGUACCUGAACACAAUAUGGAUGCUGCCUAUACAGAUUGUACUUGCAAUAUCUAUUCUUUAUAACAACGUAGGCUUGGCAUCACUUGUAGGAUUCGCAGCCACUCUUGCUGUGAUGAUGGGGAACAUUCCCAUCACAAGACGACAGAGAUAUUUUCAGUCUAAGAUCAUGAAAUCCAAAGAUGAAAGAAUGAAAGUUACAUCAGAAAUAUUAAGAAACAUGAAAGUACUGAAAUUGCAAGCUUGGGAUAUGAGGUACGCACAAAAAUUAGAAGACCUGAGAAAAAUUGAGUACAACUGGCUUAAAAAGUCAGCUCAACUAGGAGCUGCUUCAUUAUUCAUUUUCUCGUGCACCCCUGCAUUUAUAUCAGCUAUCACAUUUGCUGCGGCGUACUUCAUGGGAAUCCCUUUGACAAGUGGCAGAGUUCUGUCAGCAUUGGCAACUUUUAGAUUACUUCAGGAUCCUAUUUAUACUCUUCCAGACCUCUUUUCAAAUCUCGCACAAGCUAAAGUGUCGUUAGACCGCGUCACUUCGUAUCUUCAAGAACAAGAAUUACAAGAGGAUGCAGUUGAAAGUAUUCCUAUGCAUUUAACUGAGUUGGCAAUUGAGAUUGAAGGUGGGGAAUUCAGCUGGGAUCCUUUUGCAGGUGAGCAAACUCUAAAAGAAAUUAAUUUGCAGGUGAAGAGAGGAAUGAGAGUGGCAGUCUGUGGAACUAUCGGAUCAGGUAAAUCUAGCCUUUUAUCUUGCAUACUAGGGGAAAUCCCAAAGACUUCUGGUAUUGUCAAGGUCAGUGGUACGAAAGCUUAUGUUCCUCAGUCUGCAUGGAUUCAGACGGGAAAUAUUAGAGAAAACAUAUUGUUUGGAAGCAGCUUUGACAAUGAUAAAUAUGAAAGGAUUGUCAAAGCAUGUGCUUUAAAUAAAGAUUUAGAGCUCCUCCCCCAUGGUGACCAAACAGAGAUAGGGGAAAGAGGAACCAAUUUGAGUGGCGGGCAAAAGCAAAGGAUACAAAUUGCACGUGCAGUCUACCAGAAUGCUGAUAUUUAUCUUAUGGAUGAUCCUUUUAGUGCUGUUGAUGCACAUACAGGAACUCAACUGUUUGAGGAGUGCCUUACAGGAGUUUUGCGUGGAAAGACUUUAAUCUAUGUUACCCAUCAAGUUGAAUUUCUGCCCUCUGCGGACCUCAUCCUUGUGAUGCAAAAUGGUAAGAUUGCACAAGCUGGAAAGUAUGACGAGCUUCUGAAAGAAGGCAAAAGUUUUGAAGCUUUGGUUAGUGCCCAUAAUCAAGCCUUAGGGGCUGUGGUUGCAGUCGAUAAUUUAUCAUCCACAGGGAUGCUUCAAGGAAGCAAUGGGAAUCACACAGAACUGUCCGAUGAUAAUUUGGAUGUUCAAUCAAAUGUUCAAAUGAGAGACCUGAAAAUUCUCAACAGUGAAAAACAAAUGGGCAAUGAGGUACAACAGGAAACAAAUGCAAAUCAUAAGUGUAAAUACUCACAGAUUACACAAGAUGAGGAGAGGGAAACGGGAUCUGUCAGCAAAAAGGUCUAUUGGUCUUAUUUAACAGCAGUAUAUGGUGGUGGCUUGGUUCCAAUCAUAUUGAUAUCACAGAUUCUUUUUCAGGGGUGUCAACUUGGAAGCAACUACUGGAUGGCAUGGGCAUCUCCUCCCACACUAGACAUGGAGCCAAUAAUUAGUACAAGAUUACUCAUUCUAGUAUAUGUUGCAAUAUCAAUAGGAAGUUCUGUAUUUUUGUUGAUACGGGCAUUUCUGCUAGUAUCAGUGGGCCUUCUGACAUCUCAAAAACUCUUUUUGGGCAUGCUUCAUAGUAUUUUCCGAGCUCCCAUGUCCUUCUUUGAUAGGACACCAGCUGGCCGGAUCUUAAAUAGGGCAUCAACUGAUCAAUCUGUAUUAGAUUUAGAAAUUUCUAAUAUAUUGAGUUGGUUAUCCUUCUCAAUAAUUCAGCUCUUAGGGACUGUAGCAGUUAUGUCAGGGCUAGCAUGGCAGGUAUUUGUGAUAUUUAUACCUGUGACUGCAUUCUGCAUAUGGUAUCAGCAAUACUUCAUACCAACUUCUCGAGAAUUAUCAAGAUUGUUGGGCAUUAAGAGAGCCCCAAUCCUUCAUCAUUUUGCUGAAUCACUUUCAGGAGCUGCCACUGUGAGAGCUUUUGAUCAAGAAUUGCGAUUCGUAGAAAGAAACUUAUCUCUUGUUGACGAUCAUUCAAGGGUGCGGUUCCAUACCAUAUCUUGUACAGAGUGGCUUGCCUUCAGAUUGAAUUUCCUAUCAAAUUUGAUCUUUGCCUUCUCAUUAGUGGUGGUCGUGAGCUUACCUGAAGACCUAAUUAACCCAAGCAUUGCUGGGCUAGCUGUAACAUAUGCUCUGAGUCUCAAUUUACAACAAGCGGCAAUAGUAUGGAAUGUAUCAAAUGCUGAAACUAAAAUGAUUUCAGUAGAAAGGAUAUUACAAUAUUCAGAUAUUCCAUGUGAAGCACCAUUGGCAAUAGAAGAAUCCAGACCUGCUCUUGAAUGGCCAUCCUAUGGAAUAAUAUUCCUUGAAAACUUGCAGGUCCGGUACGGCAGACACUUACCUUUUGUCCUGAAAAGUCUUACAUGCACAUUCCCCGGAAGACAAAAGAUUGGAGUUGUGGGGCGUACAGGAAGCGGCAAAUCCACUCUUAUUCAAGCUCUGUUUAGGGUUGUUGAACCCACAGAAGGUAAAAUUAUUAUUGAUGGUGUUGAUAUCUGUUCAAUAGGUCUUCAUGACCUCAGAUCCAAACUCAGCAUAAUCCCUCAAGAACCAGCAAUGUUUCAAGGAACAAUCCGAGAGAAUCUUGACCCCCUUGGAGAAUACACAGAUAUAGAGAUAUGGCAGACUCUGGACAAAUGUCAGCUGGGAAAUCUGAUGCGAUCAAGGGAAGAAAAAAUGGGCUCAAGAGUGACUGAAAACGGAGAAAACUGGAGUGUGGGGCAACAACAGCUGGUGUGUUUGGGAAGAGCGUUGCUUAAACGAAGUCGAAUUCUAGUGCUUGAUGAGGCUACUGCUUCUGUGGACACAGCAACUGACGCUACUAUACAAGCUAUUAUCCGCUCCGAGUUUGCAGAUUGUACAGUUAUAACCAUUGCUCACAGAAUCCAUACUGUAAUUGACAGCGAUCUAGUUUUGCUUCUCAGUGAAGGAACCCUUUUGGAAUACGACAGCCCAUUGAAGUUGCUGAAAAAUAAGAAUUCGGCUUUCUCCAAACUAAUUCAGGAGUACUCUACCAGAUCGGGCAAUGCUGAUAAGUUUCAGACGCAGUUUGAAAUUGAAUAGAAUGAAGCUUUUUCUUCGAAAUUUAGUAUCCAGGGAACACCCAUUUGAAAUUUCACAUUCAAAUUUCGAUCAUACCAUUGAGAGCCCAAAAUUAAUAGCAACAUAUUUGUCAGGGGAUAUUUAUCAUUUUUCAGGCAGACUUGUGGCAAUAAUUCCAUUGUCGUCUAUUGAAAUUCUGCCUCUGAUUGGAUUUGGUUCUUACUUCCAUGUGGACUGGAUGUUCAAAUAGUUAAUAGACAUUUAAGGUGAAAAGCACUAGAAUUUAAUGACUUCAGUGGUAACCGACUAUACCUAUAUAAAUAGGAGAUUGCUUUUAAUCAUAGCCAUUGCUGUAAUUGUUUUCCUUUGCUUCCAAUCGAAUUCACAAUCUGUUAGGAAGGAUCUUUAAACUUUUGUCUAUGAAAGUGACAGUAUUAUUUAUAUUA